UUCCUCGUCAGAGCCAGUCUACAUGGCCACCCCUCCGCCGUCUCAGUUUGCUGCCCUCCUUCGACGAUCAAAAUUCGCAUCCUACGACCCCCACAUUGGUCAGGUCUACACGGCCUUUGACGGCCAUGCUGCGCGUGGCAACUUUGGGCUGAAGCGGCCCCUCGCGCUACGGAGGAGGAAUGCUCACAUCACUGUCCAAGCUGUGGACUCGCGCGAGCAGCAGACGGUCUGGAGAUCAGCGGAGCAGGAGAACAGGUGGAUUAGGAUGUGGGACGAGGUUGGGGUCAGGCCGAAGUUGGAGAACCUGACGAAGUGGGAGCAGAAAGUGGGUACGCUGGGUGCCGAGGUCAGCUUCCUGGCGGACUCCGAGUUCGUGCAUCAGGAGACGGUCGAGACCCAGAAGGAGGACGGGCUAUACGAGGAGCUGGCAGAGGAAGAGGAGGAAGAGCUGGUGAAGAAGAGCUACGCCGUGCCGAAUCUUGAUGCGAUGUCGGAGAAGGAGUUCGAGCAGUACCUCGAGCACCUCAGGUCGUUGCGCCCUGCGUUCCACAACUUCCUCCGGAAGAAGUACAAGAACCAUCCUAUCAGCAGUAAGACGCUGUUUCAGCACUCACUCCGUGGCGGCGAUGACUUCCGGGAAUUCCUCGAGAGCCACGCAUAUCAGGAGUACCACAAGAAACAUCCUCGCUACAUCGAGCAACAGCCACAUCGCUACGCCGGGCUCUCCUACUCGCAUGCUCCCGAUGUGCAGACCUUCAACACUACCAAGCCUCAUGUGGGACGCAUCCUUGGAGACCCCGGAACGGACCGUCAGGCACAGUUCUAUGCCGUCGCCUCCGCAGGCAUGACUUCCAGGUUAACUGUUGGGUCGAAGGGCGAGGAGGGCAACCAAAUCAUCACGCUCCGUUUCACUGGCGCAACUCUAGACUCCACACCCGAAGUCGUAGGUGCCAGGCCCGAAGGAUUGGAGGGUGCGAGUCUACGGACCAGCGUCCGCAUCGAUGGCCCCACUGUCCCGUACAAGUCGGGAACGAACCCACACCCUCCUGGCACGAGGGAGUACGUCGCAUACCUCGAAAAGAAGCAGCGCGACCACUCUGUCAGCAUGACCUCGCAACCACGUCCAAAGCAGGUAGACUUCACGCCCCAAGACCACAACAUCCCCGCGCAGAGGCUUCUCAACGUGCUGCAUAACAUGAGUUUCAAGGAGUAGGGUUUUGUCCGUAGUACAGGGCUCGUUUAUGAUCUACAUCCCGUUCGUCUUCGCAAGGCGUCAUAUUGCUAGCAGACGUUGUAAUGCCUCCCCGAUAUUGCCAUUUACUUCCGUCAGGACCUUCUCGGCUUGUGCCCGUGUGACCUCGAAUUCCUGAACGAUCAAAUCGAUGUCCUCAGCCCUGUGCGAUGCCGGGGCGGCCUUGACGGGCUUGGGAUAAGGCUUGUCGAGCCGCAGCGUGCGGAAUGCCUCCUCCAGCUUGCCCUUCGAAUACGAGUUCCCGUCCAAGAAGUUUGCAAUAACCUCGGGCUCUGGCAAUCGCCCGUUGCUUCGCAGAUUUGCCAUGGUCGAUGCAGC